CCAGACCAUACUGUUAACUUUAAGAUUUCUCUUUUUAUAAACUAAUUAUAAUCUCGGUGUUUGAGAUCACUGAUGUGUUUGAUGGCAGAGAGAGCCAAUAAAACCUAGCGAAUAGAUUGUCAUUAAUUCUUGUUACUUUGUUCAUUUGCAUUUCGUAAUUUAGUCAGUAAGUAUAUUUCAAACUACUGCCAUCCAUAAAUCAAGGUCAGUUGAGCAAAACGAAGACACAGUCAUGAACACAUGUGCAAAGAUUAUCCACUCUCAAGAAAAAGAUGUUCAACGAAGAAUCACGAGGAAUGCUUCACAAAGAGUUCCUACUUCCUUGGAGCAGGAUGGAUCCGGUUGUCGAGUCAAGAUCAACGUAAGUGGAGAAAGAUUCUCAGCCAAGUUGCACACUCUUCAGAAAUAUCCAAACACGUUGUUAGGAAGCCAACUAUUAUUGUUAUUCUAUGAUCAACGAAAGGAUGAGUACUUUUUCGACCGAGACCCUGACUUAUUUCGCUUUAUUUUGAAUUUUUAUCGUCUUGGGAAACUACAUGUCUCUGAUGUUGAAUGUCUUGAAGCGUUUCGAGACGAGAUGGACUACUUUGGAAUCCCUCAUUCAGCUGUUGACGACUGCUGCUGGAAUAUUUUUAAAAAGAUUAGGAACCCGUCUUAUGAAAUUGGCAUCCCGAAAAAUGAUCUUGAUGGAAGUAACAAAGACACAAAAGAACUUGGCCGGACAGAACAGACAUCAAACCCUGAAACUAUUGGCCACAGUAUCUCUUGUCCUAAGAAAAGUUCAAAACAAAAUCCAUACAACGAAACCAGUAAAAUAGUUUAUUCAGGCAGCGGUACAAAAAAGAAAGACACAACUAAAAGAACUUUAGUUCCCCUUAAGAAAACUUUCAUUCAAUCCCAGAUCAAGGACGGUAAAAGCAUCUGUCGCACUUUAAUUGUCCAAGACGUUUUGCAAUAUUUUUACGGAUUGCUCAUUUUAGCAAGUGCAGCGUGUAAUGCAAUCGAGACGGUAGACUGCAGAACGAAAACCAAAUGCGGUGACUACUAUGCACAAGUAUUCUUCGCAAUGGAGACCUUCUUCGCAGCUGUCUUCACAGCAGACUACGUUAUCAGAUUCCUUCUCGCUAAACGAAAAUGCGUCUUCUUGAGAGAACUCCUGAACAUUGUAGACCUCAUAGCGAUCUUACCAUACUAUUUUGAGCUUGUUUUCAAGUUUUUGAUUGGAGCGUCUGAUAUCAUGAUAACAUUUCGUAUCCUUAGGGUGGUGCGUCUCAUGAAGCUCAACCGUAACUCACCAAGACUGCAGGCAUUCCUCCUGACUUUACGUAACUGUGCAAGUGAUCUUCUCUUUCUUUAUUUCAUGUUCGCAUUCGGUAUCUUGUUGUUCGGUGGUGUUAUUUAUUACGCCGAGAGAAACAGCAGCAACGCGGGAAACUUCACCAGUAUUGCACACUCGCUUUGGUUUACAUGUGUUACCAUGGUGACGACAGGGUAUGGUGACGUCAUCCCAGUAACCGUGAUGGGGAAGAUCUUUGCAGCUUUGUGUGGUUUCUGUGGUGUACUGGUCAUGUCGUUACCCAUUCCGAUCAUGCAGGACAAGAGAGCUACCAUCGAUACACAAUAUUGAAUGACCUUUACUUUGUAAACCAAGCUUAGGAAAACUUAAAAUUUUGACUUUCGUAGUAUUGAGGAACGAACGAACGAACGAGCGAAGAUGGAUGUAACGUAGGAAGGAAACUGGCGGAAAGAAAGGAAGGAAAGAAGGAAGGGAAGGGAAG